GAACAGAGUGGCUGGCCACACUGGCGCUCAGCUGGCGCUCAGCUGGCGCAGUUGUUGUUAUUCUUGCAUUUCUACAGCGCGAGGUCCGAAUUUUCGAGCGCAGCGCGGCCACAAUUUUCCGGGCGUUAGUUAACCGAGACGACUAGUUUAAUUAGCGGAAUUGUGCGACGACGUCGUGGUUGAAAUUCAAUUUGAACGCCCAGGCGGUAGAUCGGUAAAAUCGCGACAUCAAAGCACGAGAGUGAGUGAAAAGAGAACCCUGGAAAGUGGUCAAUGUGUGUGUAUUUGGCGAGCAGUGGCGGAGCACUGAAAAAACCAGUUAGCUGGCAGUGAAAGAGAUUCAAUAACGUGUUGGUGGGCAAAAGAAGAACAAAUUGUUUCGAGUGUGCGAGGCGACGACGACGACAUCCAACUGGUCCGGUACGAAGAAGUCCGCUUUCCUCGCUCAUUAGCGGCGCUUUCCUCGGGCCCACGAUCUGGAAGUCUGGAAAUCGGCGAUACCUAAAACCGGGCCAUAGCCACCACUAUCAUUAUCAACAAAUUGAUAUACAUAUGCAAUUGCAGCAGCGCGUCAUCAGCACAGCGCCCAUCGCCUAGCAGAUCAGUAACAGGAUCAAGAGCAAGGUAACCGUCCAACACUACAUGUCCUAAAACUAGGAACGGUUCUCCAGCCCAAGGACUUAUCGAGGACACUAUCCAAUCCCAGUCAAUCAUGCCGCUCUUCACAAGAAAAUCACCCAAGCAAGGACCCACCUCGGAUGGGGGCUCCCAGUUCGGCAGUCGCUCCUCCAUGAACUCCGGGUCCUCCCAGGGCAGCCACAUUAGCAAUAACAACAACAACAGCAUUCCGGAGAAAACAAAGCCCCCGCUGGUCUUCCACUGCCAACUGGCCCACGGCAGUCCCACCGGUCUAAUCCACGACUUCUCCAGCGUUCGAGAGCUGUACCAGAAGAUUGCCGAGUGCUUUGACAUAUCCGAGAAGGACAUUCUCUUCUGCACCCUCAACUCGCACAAGGUGGACAUGACGCGUCUGCUGGGCGGGCAGAUCGGGCUGGACGACUUUAUAUUCGCCCAUCGCAAAGGUCGGCCCAAGGAGAUCGAGAUUGUGAAGUCGCAGGAUGCCCUCGGACUGACGAUCACCGACAACGGGGCCGGCUACGCCUUCAUAAAGCGGAUCAAGGAGGACUCGAUCAUCGAUCGCAUCGAGCACAUCAGCGUUGGCGAUCACAUCGAGAAGCUCAACGGCCAGAAUAUGGUGGGCAAGCGGCACUACGAGGUGGCGCGCAUGCUGAAGGACAUUGCCACCGGGGAGACCUUCACCCUGCGCCUGGUGGAGCCAGUGCGAAGCGGCUUCCAGGGCAUCGGACCGCGCAGCCAGUCAAGGGCGUCGGGCUCGGCCGGAGGAAAGAACUAUGGCAGCGGCAAGGAGACGCUGCGGUUCAAGGCCAAUGGCAAUGCCCAGAUCGAGCCGCAGUUCGAUGAGGCGACUGUGGCCGGUAUCGAGGCCAUUAAUAACCUGCUGGAGUCCUUCAUGGGCAUCAACGACACGGAGCUGGCGUCCCAGAUCUGGGACUUGGGCGACCAAAAGUCCAACUCAAUGGACUUCGCCGAGGCCAUCGACAACUCGGACCUAGAGUCGUUCGGCUUCACGGAUGACUUCAUCAUCGAGCUGUGGGGUGCCAUAACGGAUGCCCGGCGCAAGUCCACGACCAGUCCCAAGUAAUUGGGUAACCAUACCAGACGCUUUUCCAAUAAAUGAGGAGUGCUAUUAUCUACUAUUUGAGAACGUUUUGUUUUAGAGCCUAGUUUUAUUUACCACAUAUCAUGCUACAAUCCCAUAUACAAACAUAUGUCGUCUGCCUUUGCCAAUUGUUUAGUUAUUUGUAUUCUUCACGGUAACCUAUUUAUUAUAUAUAUAUUUUUUGCGUUCAGAUGAACGGGGGGAUGUGCCGAGGCAUCCCUACUAUGCAUAUAUUUUUGGUACAAUUUGUUUGAUGUACAUACAUACAUACGUAUAACUAUACUUCUUUAGUUUUAUCCUUUAAACGAUACAAAUAUAUUUAAAUUAUUUAAAUCGG